CCGCCGUCUGUCCUUUCGUCUCUCACGGAACCGCGAGUCUCCCACGUUUUCGACUUCUUGCUGCGCUUACCGCCAAGUGGCACCUCGACAACCACUUUGAGGCUGACUCCAGCCUCUGCUCCGACUGACACCCUUGAGACCUGACCACCAUGUCAAACUACACGAGGCGGGUCCCGCCGCCCUCCCAACAGUACUACGCUGUUCCCCAGAGUCCACGCUCGACUGGUCAAAGCCGACAAAGCUCACAGGGCCGCUCGUACUCCAACCAAAGUAUGGCUAUGCCUCAGCCCACAGUAGCUCAGAGCACCUACCGGCCGCGACCAGACGACCGUGAUGAGAUGGCACAUAGAGUAGCGACAGGGCAUCUAGGUGGUGGCUAUGGGCCAUACUCGCACCACCCAAAUGUCCAUACAAAUCAAUAUUCCGCUUCACGCUAUGGCAACAACGGGCCUAGUAAUAAUGGAUACAGCGGUGCCCCAAGCGCAACACAGUCCGAGAUCUCCGUCGUGACCACUCGAGAGAAGGCCGGCACCGCUCCCAUGCUUGGCGCUGCUGCUGCCACCAGCACUGUCGGCCCUUACCUGUGGGAUACCAAGGAUCCCGACCUCGACGACGCCCUUCACAACCCCGAUCCUAUCCGCGAUGCCGCACUUGACCGCUCUUUUACUCUGUUCUCCGCUCGAGGGUGGAUGAACGCUUCCGCACUUUUCCUCCUCGUCGCUGGCAUCCUCAUGCUUUUCGCUGGAUACCCCAUCAUCCUAUUUGUGCGCGAUAACCAGAGCGCUGGCCCAGGCUUUAACCUCGGCGGUAUCAACCGCACAGGGCAGGUCCCUGACCUCCCGCAUAUGCCCACCCUCAUCGACGCGGACACCCCGUCGGACGUCAUGACCCGUGUCGGCACGGACGGCAAGACGUAUAACCUUGUCUUCAGCGACGAGUUUAACGUGGACGGCCGGACUUUCUGGCCGGGUGAUGACCCAUACUGGGAAGCGGUCAAUCUCAACUACUGGCCAACUGGCGACCUUGAGUGGUACGAUCCGCAAGCACUCGCGACCGAAGACGGCAAACUGGUUAUCACCAUGGACGAGGUGGAAACACACAACUUAAACUUCCGCAGCGGCAUGUUGCAGUCAUGGAACCAGUUCUGCUUUACAACAGGCUACAUUGAGGUCAACGUGAGUAUGCCCGGUACACCACUAGCUCCAGGUCUGUGGCCCGGUGCCUGGACGAUGGGCAACUUGGGACGUGCUGGCUAUGGUGCUACGACGGAAGGCACAUGGCCGUACAGCUACGACACCUGUGAUCUCGGCACCUUCCCGAACCAGACAAACCCCGAUGGCACCCCUGUCGCUGUGCAGACUGGAGGCAUCGGCGGUGGGCCUCUGAGCUUCAUGCCCGGCCAGCGUCUCUCCGCCUGUACGUGCCCGGGUUCUGACCACCCUGGGCCAGACGUCUCGGUCGGUCGCGGCGUGCCCGAGAUCGAUAUCUUUGAGACGCAGGUCGACGUCUCAAGCUUCACGGGCCAGGCGUCUCAGAGUUUUCAGACGGCGCCAUACAAUAUAAACUACCAGUUUGACAACUCUUCGGAUGCGACAACCAUCUCCGAUCCCUCGAUAACCACCCUCAACAGCUACAAAGGUGGCGUCUACCAGCAAGCUAUCUCCGCGGUGACGGAUAUCAGCAGCAGCAAUUACAACAAUGCUGGUUAUGCAACAUACGGAUACGAGUGGUGGUCGGAUCCCAGCGACCGCGAUGCGGGAUAUAUCCAAUGGUUCAGUCAGGGCCAGCCGUCGUGGAAGAUUACAGCACAGACGAUUGGGCCCGACCCUGUCUCCCAGGUCAGCCAGCGGGUGGUCCCCGAAGAGCCGAUGUACAUCAUCCUGAACUUGGGCAUGUCGCCGUCAUUCCAGGCGCAGGACUUCAAACACUUGCAGUUUCCGUCGAAGAUGUACAUUGACUAUGUGCGUGUAUACCAGCGGUCGGAUGUGAAAAAUGGUGUUGGCUGCAAUCCACCAUCCUACCCAACAACGGACUACAUCAACAACCACGCCAACGCGUACAACAACCCUAAUCUCACCACCUGGGACCAAGCAGGCUACACGUUCCCGCGAAACUCAAAAUAUGAUGGCUGCUAGUGUCAUCGUGUCUCAGUGCUCGUACGCACACCUCGACGCUCUGCCAUCUCGUUCGCUCGCAUUACCCCGCACAUCAUAUAUCCCCCAUGUAUACUGCAUUGUCUCACAUGAUUAUCACGGUUACGACGUUAUGACUUCGAACAAUUCCUUUACACGCAACGCAUCCGCAUGUAAUGUUACAUCGCCCUUGCAUUAUCUUCUCCCGAUUUCUCUUCCAUCGUUUACCACUCUUCGGGUGCUCUCCCGCUUCUCUCACUACGGACUUUAUACUUGUCUGUGACCCCUCGUCGCCGCUGUACCUCUACGCAGUUUGAACUUUGCUAAUAGACA